AUGGAGCAGGAAGAUUAUGAUACGGACCCAUUCUCUAGUGAGAAUUUGUGGAGGCUAUCGAAGUUCACUCUGCAGUCGCUGCAACCACUAGAACGACUACCCUGGAACGAAGAGUUGCCAGAUCUCACUGGGGGUUUCUUCAGGAGUCCUCUAGAAUUACUCAAUGAAGAUUGUUUUAGUUCAAGCCAGUUGAAUCUUUUUGAAACCGAUGUAUUCGAUCCAGAUUUGCUACCGGAAUCAACAACCGAUGCGUCAAGCGAAACUUCUGCCGAACCGAGCAUCGCACGCUCGGAAAGAGGAGAUGGGUCAGAGGAUAUCUGGGUGUUGAAUGACGUGGAUGUCAAGUUUGACGGCAAACGAUUUUUGAAGACGUGGGAAAACUGUCAAAAUCGAUUGUAUCAAGAACCCACAUCCGCAUAUUUUAGUGAAUCGGGGUCUAGAGGAUUCGACGCAUCGUUGGCAAAUCAGGCUGCGACGAACGGGCUCGGGAAAUUAGGCCGUGUGGCUCGAAAUGAUGUCUUUUUACGGUCCCUAUUUCGACUAGGUCUUGGUUGGAGCUCAUUAUUUUUUCGAUACAAUAGGGAGCGCCAAAUGUUCGAGCGGGUUUUUGACGACAUCCGCCUCUCAGGUGUUAGUGUCGCUGCGCUUAAUAGCUUGACUGAUGAGAUGAUCCAAUGCGGCACGGAUAUGCAGCGGGUGCGAAACUUUGUUGGCAAAGCUCCAUCCAAGUCAACUAAACUCUCCGCUCUUUCUACACUUUCGAGCGCCGUAGCCGUCGUCAUUUACAUCGUUGAAAAGCGGCUUCUCAGGGAUGCUGACAAUAUACUGUCCCUCAUCCAGGUUAGAGCCCUGUUUCAACGAUGCGGUGAACUGGCUGGUGUUUUGGCAGACCUGGUCGAAGCUGUCGAAGGGGUUGUGUCGGAUGCUCAGAUAUUCUCCAUCGUUCUUGAAAAGGCCGCCCAUUAUUCCCAAACAUUCGGCCAUAUGGAGGAUCUCUUCCGCGAGAUUGUUAUCCGGACAGUGUAUCCGUUUCUGAAGCAUGCGGAGACUUGGAUUGGCCUCCGCUUGGAGGCGUCGACAUUGAAGGAGCUGGCGGCAAACGGCAGAAGCUUUGUAGUUUUGGAGCCCUCAGAAGAGAAUCCGAAAACGACCUCUCAAUCAACAAGGCUUGAGUACAGAUAUAACCCCGCCGAGAUGCCAUCAUUCAUUCCUACAGACCAAGCAGAGUUGAUUUUCGAAAGUGGACGAAGCCUACGCCUGCUUAAACGAUUCCAUCCGCAGCAUCCAAUUGCGAGUGACGAAAUUUGCAACGGCGAUGUCCCCAGGCUCAGCUGUGCUAGCACGUGGACAGAUAUUGAAAGGAUACAAGAAAAAGCAAAGAUCUACGAAAAUAGACUUCGGUCUGAAAUACUCAGGUAUAAUCGUGGUCGCCCCUCUGCAACGAAAAAUUUGAUAAUCAAUUCCCAGCCUCCUGCCCAUACUGAAGCGAGUGAUACACUUAAAGAUACCUUUGACCUAUUUGACAUUGAUGACGCGCAAAACAUGACUGGAUUGCUCGCAAACCCUUCCUCCAUAGAGAAAGACGAGCUCUCCCGAUUGAUUGAGCAAGGGAACCACAAAGAUCUUGAAGUACCUGAGGAUCAUAGGUGUAAUUUCGGCCCAGAAUUAGCUUCUGCCCUUUAUCUGUCCCUUGCACCACUUCUUUCGUCCCAGGCAUUGUUGAUUGACUUCUCUUGUCUUCACCUGCUGUUCAAGGAGCACAAACUCCGGUAUCACCUAUCUCUGCAAUGGCGGUUCCAGCUUCUUGGGGAUGGUUUCUUCACCUCCCUUCUGUCGCACGCUCUCUUUGACCCGGAGAUGCAGAGCGGCGAGCGAAAAUCUGGUGUUGUCCGUAGUAGUGUCCACACUGGUUUGCGGUUAGGGAGCCGUGACACUUGGCCUCCAGCAAGCUCGGAGUUGCGCUUGGUGCUCAUUGGGCUCCUUAGUGAGUGUCACGGCUUUGAUGAUCGCUCAGAAAGUUCAGCGGGUAAUGAGCCCCGCAAGGAGAGGGAACUUCCUGGCGGCCUCAGUUUCUCGAUUCGAGAGUUGACUGCUGAAGAAGUUACCAAAUGCAAGGAUCCAAAUGCAAUCGAAGCUUUGGAUUUCCUACGUCUUCAAUACAAACCAUCAGACGUCCUGGAAGCUAUCAUUACGUCGCGAUCGCUUAACAAGUAUGAUCGUCUUUUCAAGCAUCUGCUUCGACUCCUUCGAAUGGUUUCGGUCGUCAAAGGUCUCAUUCGUGAUUCUACGGGGAGAGACUCCCUAUCUGGGCACCCUCGAAACGUGUACCAGAAAUUUCGCAUUGACUGCCAGCAUUUCGUGCUCUCAUUGAGUGAUUAUUGCUUUCAUGUCGGCAUUGGCUCGACUUGGCAGCGGUUCCAAGAUAGCCUGGCUAAGAUUGAACGCUGCCUCGACCGCGGUGAUAUUGAUGGCACGAUAGAAGCAGCACAUUCUGUCCCUAGACUUAGAGAUUAUCAUGAAGAUAUUCUCGAUCAAAUGCUUUUUGCGCUCUUUCUCAGCAAAAGACAUGCUGAUGCAGCGAAGCUGCUGGAAAGUAUUUUCGGUACGAUUUUGACAUUUGCUCCAUUGUCGAGGAUGGAUGGAACGAGCGGCGUGCGCCACGAAAGUGAGGCUAUUGCCUAUCAGCUCUUUGCUACAUUCCGGAAACAAACAUCCCUUUUUGUGAAUUAUCUACGCAACUUAGAUGGCGUGAACGCAUCUUCAAAGUCUUUCGGCAGGUCCGGCACGACUUUUGCAUCCAGAGAAGCGCCUACAUGUGUAUUCGACCACCUCCUAGCGCGCUUGGAUAUGAGGAAAUAUUACUGA